AUGCGCAGUCUAUUCCCGCGUUGCGCGCACACGCUUCUCCUGCCCGGCCUUACCGCUCUCGCCCUCCUCCUUCCAACAGCAAGCGCAGUGCGCAUACCUGUCACACCCGUGCCGGGCUCUGGAUACGUCCACGCACCGCGACGGCUGGCCGCGCGCGCCAAUUCUACCGUCGGCGUCGAGGUCGAGAACGUCUCGAACGUCGAAUAUCUUGGGAACAUCACUCUAAAUGGGGAGACGUUCACCGUCAUCCUCGAUACUGGGAGCGCUGAUCUCUGGGUCGCGGGCAGCGUACCGAACUCGAAUGAUCUUGGCAAAACCGUGUCGUUGAGCUAUGCGAUCGGCACUGCCAAAGGCAACGUCAACUCGGCAAAACUCACGUUCGACGACUAUUCCGUCGACAACCAAGCGUUCGUGCUUGUCACCGACACUUCAACAUUCUCUUCCGACUUUGCCACUGCCGCUUACAAGGGCCUCCUUGGGUUAGGACCUAACUCUGGCUCUGUCAUCUAUCGCAAGCUCGAUGCGGAUGACAACGGGGGCGACAGCGCGCUCUUCCGCAUCUUUGAAGAAUCCCAAGCAACCUCGCAGUUCAUCACCCUCUACCUCAACCGCCUCGACUCGACGGGGAAAUCCACCAACCAAUCCGAAUUCACCAUAUCAGAAGUCAUCCCUGGUUUCGAGGCCGUUCAACAACAGCAGAAGUUGACCAUCAAGGACGUACCCACACUUACCGAUGCCGACCAACAUUGGGCCGUUCUCAGUGAUGCGUGGGGGUUGACAGGACCGGAUGGGAACUUCGUGGAGAUUGGGUCAACCGUGCCGAGGGUGGACGACGACAAACUUGUUGCUGUUAUUGAUUCCGGCUUCACAUAUUCGCAGGUACCGCGCGACAUGUCCGACGCCAUCUACGGGCGCGUACAAGGCGCCUGGUACGAUGAGACCCAGGAGCUCUGGCGGGUUCCGUGUGCUCAGGAAUUGAGCAUCACAUUCCACUUCGGUGGUGUGGACUUCCCUAUCCACCCCCUCGAUGUCAGUACGAGCGACAUCACGGUCACGCAGGCUGGUACCAAGUACUGCACUGGUACUUUCCAACCCAUCACUACGGCGUUCAGCUUGCUCGGAGAGUACGACAUUAUCCUCGGCAUGUCCUUUUUGAGGAACGCUUACGUGCUCAUCGACUUCGGCGACUUCGUCGAUAACGGCAAGGACACCUCUGACCCGUUCGUCCAAAUGCUCCCCACAACCACCAACACCACUGCACACGUCGAGUUCCAAUCUGCGCGAGGGAACUCCUCGCCUACGCUCCUUCCUGCUUCGCAACAAAGCCACAGUCCCGAAACGGCUGCAGAAAUCAAGGCGCACCGCGAACAGAAAGUACUCAAGUACUGGCCGUACAUCCUCGUCGGCUGUCUCGCUUUCGUCUUCAUCUCGACGGGCCUGUGCAUCUGGGCAUGCUGCAUGCGCCGCAAGCGUAGGCGCGCCGCUGCUGCCGCUACCGCUGCAGGGCUGGCUAUGCCUACGCGGCAGACCCAGUCGGAUUAUGUUGCGUUGGGUGAACAGAGGGGGCUCGGAGUCGCGGGACAGAAGGAUGCGAUGAUGAGCUCGGAUAGUGUUUAUGCCGGGAGGCCGAGCACGAGCAGUUUCCGGCCAGAUCAGGAGUAUGGAGGGUAUGGCUAUGGGAAGCAUUAG